CGGGGCGGGGUUGCGCGCUGCUGGCGGGAGCGCGCGGGCUCCGCCGCCCAGGCCGCCGUGGUCCUGCUCUGCGCGCUGACCAUGGCCGGCCCCGCGCCGGGGCGGAGGCUGUGGCCGCUGGCCGCGCUGGCCCUGGCCCUGGCGCUGGCCCCGGAGCUGCCCGCCGUCCAGGCCGGGCAGACGCCGCGCCCCGCCGAGCGAGGCCCCCCAGUGCGGCUCUUCACCGAGGAGGAGCUGGCCCGCUUCGGCGGGGAGGAGGAAGAUCAGCCCAUCUACAUGGCGGUGAAGGGAGUGGUGUUUGAUGUCACUUCUGGAAAGGAGUUUUAUGGACGAGGAGCCCCCUACAAUGCCUUGACCGGGAAGGACUCCACCAGAGGGGUCGCCAAGAUGUCCCUAGAUCCUGCAGACCUCACCCAUGACACUACGGGCCUCACGGCCGAGGAGCUCAGAUCUUUGGAUGACGUCUUCACCACAGUGUACAAAGCCAAAUACCCCAUCGUCGGCUACACGGCCCGAAGGAUUCUCAACGAGGACGGCAGCCCCAACCUGGACUUCAAGCCUGAAGACCAGCCCCAUUUUGACAUAAAGGACGAGUUCUGAUGUCCCACCUGCAGGAGUGGGUUCUUGGGAGGGUGAGACACGCGGAUGUAAAGUCUCCUGCACAGUAGGCUGCCUGAGGGGCCUCCGGUCACACAGAUCUGAACGCCGAAUACCUGUUGUUGUCCUUGGUCAAGCGUUCUGUCCACCUGGGUAUCCUGCGCACACGCCAGCCAGGGUGGUAAUACCAGCUGAAGGGGGAGGCCUCCUAGGGGUCAACAUUGGCUCUCUGGGCGGGGAAUUAUGCAUGCCCUUUAUUUCUUCCUUAUACUUUCUGUACUUGCCAAAUUUCCUACUGUGACCAUGUUUGCUUUAGAAUAAGCACAAAAAUAAAUGUAUUUUCACAAAAGAA